GUUCGUUCGUAGUGGUAUACAACUAGUUUUGGGUGAAUUUUUUCUUUGAAAACGAUUUUGGGCUUUAAUAAGGCCUUAUAUCAUUUCCAUUUGGGCUUUCAGUAAUAAAACAAAGUAAGGCGACCGGCACAACGAGAGGAUCAAUCAACGCAAUGGAGGAGGGAACAUCAAGCUCGUCCGCGUCCGCCGCCGGCAACACCUCCACCGCCGUGAAAAAUGCCCUAACUACCCGCGGCUGGUGCUUCAAAGACGCCGAUUACUUAAACUCCUUGGUCAAACAAAUCUCCUCCUUCAUCGGCGGGACAAAUCAAACAGGCGCCAUCGUGGAUUCAGUGGAGGCGGAGCUUCUCAACAUGGAUCUCAGGUUAAUCGGAGGUAAGUCCCUUCCCGACGCGACUGAGUUACGCAGGUGCUCUCAUCUUCAAGGUCCCAAAGUUCUCCAGAUAAGUUCUGUUAGAGAUGUAACAAAGAGUAGUGCAGAGGAGUUUCUAGGAAGCUCGACUGGUAAACGUGUGCUGAAACUUGUCCUCACUGAUGGAAAGAUUGAGAUAUCGGCACUUGAGUACUCUCAUAUACCAUCGUUAAACAAUGAUGUGACUCCUGGUACUAAGGUGCGUUUAGAAAAUAAGGCUGUGGUGCGUGAGGGUUUAGUAUGUUUGACUUCAAAAGAGGUGACUGUAUUGGGAGGUCAUGUGCAAUCGCUCUUUGAAGAGUGGCAGAUGAAGAAAAAGUACGCUAGUUUGUCUCGUUCGUCUGGAAGGCAAUCUCAGGAAGGGAAAGCUGGUGAUGGCCCUCCUCCGUUUGAGGAGUUGCAGAUCCGAGCAGGUUCCCAUCACCGUGAUUCAUACAAGACGACUUCUAGGACUAUUGUAGCUACCGCUGCACAACAUACUGGUGGAGAAAAAGGGGAAACUAGUGAAGUUGCUGGGAACAAAAUAGGUGCAGAUAAGAAUUUACAGAAGAGUUCUGCAGAUUCUGAUUCGAAAGUAUCUGUCAAAGUUGAAAAUCAAGAAAAGCCAAGCAGUUCUGAUACACGACCUAAACAAGCGGUGGAAGCUGUUCCUUUACAGAACCAAGCGGCUGCUCAGGUGCUUCUUGAGAAGAUGAAACAUUCGAGUUCAAAUGAACGGCAAUACCGAGGACGAAGAGGUAGAGGUAGAGGUAGAGGGAGGGGAAGAGAAGAAGACGACUCUGCAGUACUUACACUUGAGGAGUGGGAAAAGAGGAAAACUAGCGGGGGAGCUGUUGCAGCAGCUGACAAUCCGAGCGACACUACACGUGAUGAAGAUCUUGCCUGGCAGCUUCAGAAUCAGUUUGAUCUUGAAGACUCUUACGAGGUGCACGGAACCGGGGCUGCGGAUAUCAGAAUGAAUAUGUUUGACUACGGAAGAACAGAUGAAAGCUUUGGCCAAGGAAGGGGAAGAGGUGGAAGAGGGAGAGGAAGAGGGCGAGGGAGAGGACAUAGGCGAGGAGGAGGACGUUUUUAAGUGCAAUGAAUAUGUCUAGAGACACUCUUGGAUAUAAGUUUACAUUACAGAACAAUGUUUCCAUCUCAAAACACUCUCGCAGGUACACCCAUAUGUUCUUUCUUUUUUUC